AUGAGCUUGGAAGAGAGACCUGAUGAACUGCUUCAAAAAGAGGAUUGGGAACACUCAAAGACCCACAUUGAUGCUCUGAUCGAUGGAAUUGAUACAACGAGCAUUACAACAACGUUCCAGCUGCUUUUCGCCGUUAAUCUGGUACGAGGGAAUCGAUUAAUUGUGAAUGCCAUUAUUCGAAAAGCGCUGGUAAGUAGCGGACAGGUAGCAAAGCUGGCCGCUUUGGGGAGUAUUUUGAACAGCUAUAUUCCAUCUGUAGGGUCCCUGUUGGUGGAAGAGUCAACUUUGAGAUUUUUGGAAUUUUUCAGGUCAAACAAUGCCACAGGAUGCUAUAUCAUGGCUGAUUUGGUCUCCCAAUUAUUCAAUUAUGAUGUCGCACACGAGAUUGUAGUGCUUCAAUUACUUCAUGUGGUCACAGAGCACCUCAAUCCACAUUCAAUCCGAUUAACCAUAUACAUACUACGUCAUUGCGGUAAAUCGUUGGCGAUAGUAGCGAAAUCUGCCCACGAUCUAGUUUUUGAAAGUCUCAGAACGUAUUUUCAAAACAACAAGGCAGACAAGAGAUUACGGAACGAGUUUGAGGCGAUCUUUGAGCUUCGCAAGCGAGAUUAUCGAAACUCGCCUAGAAAAUUACAAUUACCGCCUUGUGAGCCUAUCCCGCAUACAUUUUUUAUAAAUUUUGACGAUAGCCUCACACCAAAAGCGGCUCUCGACGAGUUCAAGUAUGAUCCGGCUUUUGAUAGGAAGGAUGAGGAGUUUGCAAAAGUCAAGAGCAAUGCUACUGCCGUUCAAUCUUCGGAUAUUGCACCAUCAAAUUUAAUCAGAGUCGAGGACAAAACCCAGGCUAGCGAAUUGGAGUUCAAGAAGAAGAUAUAUCUCACACUUAAAGGGUCACUGUCGGGUGAUGAAGCAGCGCACAAGCUUUUGAAACUUAAGGUUCGAGAUCAAGACAAGAGCGUUUUGGUGGAAACUUUGGCGAUGGCCUGUUCACAGGAGGCAACAUACUCCAAAUUUUAUGGCAUCACUGCCGAACGUCUCUGCUCGUGCCACAGGACUUGGAAGAAGGCAUUCGAACAGGUAUUUAAAGAGUGCUAUGAGACUAUGGAAGAAUACGAAGCCAAGCAAAUUCGCAAUAUGGGUAAAUUUUGGGGCCACAUUUUAGCCUCUGAUUACAUUGGUUUCGAGGUAUUCACACAUAUUCACAUGAACGCCGAAGACACCACGUCAGCCGGCAGAGUUUAUUUGAAGUUUUUAUUUCAAGAAUUGGUUCUGGAUCUUGGGAUUGAGGGGCUAAAAAAUAGACUAGAGGAACCUUACAUCCAGCCUUUUCUGGCCAAUAUGUUUCCGUUUGACGACAUUGACAAGACCCGGUUCUCCAUAAAUUUUUUCACGGCCAUAGGAUUAGGUACUUUGACAGAAAAGAUGAGACAAGCUCUUGACAAUGAAAGGUUAGCGUUAGAGGAGGAGAGAAGCGAGACUUAUGAAUCGAAUGAUGAAAUCGAGGCCUCAAUUACCCAUAAAGACCAAACUUCAAGUACUUGGGAGAGAGUUCACCGUUUGAGGCAAUCGAGAAGAGCUGCCGCGGAUGAACGAAGGAUCGAGAAUCGCAGAAGGUCUAAGACUCCCACUAGGAGGAGAUCUAGGACUCCCACUAGGAGAAGAUCUAGGACUCCCACUAGGAGAAGAUCUAGGACUCCCACUAGGAGAAGAUCUAGGACGCCAGUUAGAAGAAGAUCAAGAAGUCCAAAACGACAGUAG